AUGUAUCGAGCCACGACCGCGUUUUCUUUCGCUCUACUCGCCUUUUUCUCGAUUGCGCUCCUCCCCUCCGCAUUUGCCGGCUCCUGUCCCGCUUUUGUUGGCGAGAAGGCUGCAUGCGGCGCCGCGACGUGCGGCCGUUACGUUUUCAAGGGCGCCUUCGCAAACAGUCGCAGUGAUGUCGCACAGUAUCGCCGGAAACCGCCCCCUUUGCGCGCCCCUACCAACAACUCCGCCCAACCUCCUUCCGCUUCCUUUCCGCUUCCCGCCUGCACACGUUCCCCCACCGUUUUCACUCUUCCGCCUACAAUUCCCCCCGUUUCUGCCCCUUUCACGGCGGAGGCCGCUCCCCCCGCGCGCCCCUACCAGCAGCUCCGCCCGACGUCUUUCUGCCUCCUCUCUGACAUGCUCAUCGGUGGCCGUUCCCCCCGCGCGCCCCUUCAGCAGCUCCGCCCGACGUCCUUCUGCCUCGUAUCCGACGCGCGCCUGCACAUCAACAUGCGCCUCACGGGGUACCUCGAUAACAACCGUUCAACCGCACCCCACCCUUUCUUUCACCCCCGCCUCUCGCCCCCUGCAGCGGAGGCAGUUCCCUCCGCGCGCCCCUACCUGCAGCUGCGCCCGACGUCCUUCUACCUGGUAUCCGACGCGCGCCUGCACAUCCUCUCAACCCCCUACGAAUCUCCCUCCUUCACCCCCCCUUCUCUUUCUUCUACAGCGGAGGCUGCUCCCUCCGCGCGACCCUAUCAGCAGCUGCGCCCGACGUCCUUCUGCCUCGUCUCCGACGCGCGCCUGCACAUCAACAUGCGGCUCACGGGGUACCUCGAUAACAACCGCUCCGAUAUAAUGGCCGCGCUCGUGGCCGGCGCUAAAGUGCGCACCUGGAUUAGGGAGCUUGGGUUUGUAUGGUGGACCAAUCAGCAAGGCGGGAGCAAGACGCAGCAUUCCCUUCGGCUGGUCGCGCGGCGCGGCCCGAAGCAGGAGCGCGGCGAGGGGUUCAUGGGGCGAAUCGAGGUGGAUGGGAUCCCGGUUCCGCGACUGGGGUUGGGUGACGAGCUAAGCCUAUUCGACGGAGAAGGCACCGUGACCUACGCACGGCAGGAGAGGAGCGGCAACUAUGACGUGGAUGUUUAUUCCGUCAAGCUGGCAGGGCUGAUGGAGGCAGAGGUUCGCCUCCGCCCAGCCCAUCCUUUACUGCAAGAAGAGGAGGACGCGGAGGUGCACCUGAUGCUGGACCUAGGGAGUAUCCGGCACUCCCCGAGAGUGCAUGGUGUGGUGGGGCAGGCGUACAGAGAUGAAGGGUGA